UACGGACCACCAAAGCGCUGUGACGUUCUCUAAUAACCGUCGUUUUGCAAAAGAAAAUUUAUAUGUAGAUUUAUUUUCAUUUAUAAAAAUUUAUUAAUUAUUUUUACUUAUCUUUAAAAUAUUAGAUAUCCAAAGCAGACUGUAAUGUACAAUUCUUUCCCAGUUCGCAGGCCUUUCGUUACGCUUUUAGCUUCCUUCGCUUCGCUCUUAGGCAUUUUACGCUCAAGCGUUACGUUUUCUCUUACUUUUUUGCCAUGUCAAUUUAAUGUUCCCCAGAAGUCUUCAGCUAAGCCAAACACUGCUCAUUUUAUUCUCUGUUUUUUCCUAUUUAUCUGUUUUUCAAAUUCAAAUGCUUAUCAGCUGACCUGAGAGAGAGAUAAAGUUGGAAUCGGAGCAAAUAUGGAGAACGUAAUUGCAGGUAAUGGAACUGCCAAUGAUGGAAUUAUAAAGAACGGUGUGUGCUCCUCCGAGUCGGACAAUGGAAGCUGUGAUGUGUGGAGUUGUAAGGACUCUGAUUCUUCUUCAGCUGAUCAUCUCGUUAUCAUGGUCCAUGGAAUCCUUGGAAGUGCCUCAGAUUGGAAGUUUGCAGCUGAGCAGUUCGUUAGAAUGCUUCCUGAUAAAGUGAUUGUUCAUUGUAGUGAACGAAAUGUGUCUAGGCUGACUCUUGAUGGUGUGGAUGUGAUGGGUGAGCGGUUGGCUGAGGAGGUCCUUCAAGUGAUUCAGAGAAAGCCAAAUUUGCGAAAGAUUUCCUUCAUUGCACAUUCUGUGGGAGGACUGGUGGCAAGAUAUGCAAUUGGAAGAUUGUAUAGAUUACCCCAGAAAGAAAAUUUAGAGGAUUCAGCGGCUGAUGCACAUGAAGAGGAUCUAAAGGCUACAAUAGGUGGCUUGGAGGCUAUCAACUUCAUCACUGUUGCUACACCUCACCUUGGCUCAAGAUGGAAUAAGCAGGUACCUUUUCUUUUUGGUGUAACUGCCUUUGAAAAAGCUGCGGGUCUUGUUAUUCAUUGGAUAUUUAAGAGAACAGGUCGACACCUUUUUCUCACGGAUGAUGAUGAGGGACAACCUCCAUUGCUUAAACGCAUGAUAGAAGAUUAUGGUGGUUGCUUUUUCAUGUCUGCUUUGUGUACAUUCAAGCGUCGUGUUGUGUAUUCAAAUGUGGGCUAUGACCAUAUAGUGGGCUGGAGAACAUCAUCGAUUAGGCGUGACAACAAAUUACCAAAGUGGGAGGAUUAUGUUAAUGAAAAGUAUCCACAUAUUGUAUAUGAAGAACGCUGCAAAGCCUCUGAUGCUGAACAAAGCGAUCUUGUAACAAUAGAGGAUAAUUACUCUGACAAACUAGAAGAGGAACUGGUGACAGGUCUAUCCCGUUUGUCCUGGGAAAAAGUAGAUGUUAGCUUCCACACCUGCAGACAGAGGUUUGCUGCUCAUAGUGUCAUUCAGGUGAAAGAUCAUAUAAUGCAUAUGGAAGGAGCAGAUGUCAUACAGCAUUUGAUUGAUCAUUUUCUUGUUUAGGAGCCAAUAACUCGUAUAUUUAACACAUUUAUUGCCGGAUGCAAGAUCCUAUAGCAAGGUACGAGGAAUAUUCUUCUGAAAAUCCUUCCAUCCAGAAGUAUGGAGCUGUAGGUAAAAUUACAUUGGUGGAGGAUUGAAGUUUGUCUACUUUCUUGGUGAUGGCAAACACAACUAGAACUGCGACUAAAUCAGCAUUCAAGGGAAAUUUUGUUUAUUCAUUACUAGAAAUUCCAUAUGCACAACAAUAUCAAUAAACGCGAUAAUUGCCAUGUAUUUGCCUUUGUCUUAAUGCAUUCAUGUAUAAUGUAUUUUUACGUCAGUAAAAAAAAAAAAAAUCAAUUUUCUUUUUGAAAA